AAAGUACAAAACAUACUGAAACACCACCAAAAUCUUGCAGAAAUGGCGAAAUUCUUCACGAAUUCUCUCCUCACCUUAACAACAGUAGUCCUGUUGUUGAUCGCACCGUCGGUAAUUGACGGAUCGGAGGCUCCGUUCAUCGUAGCUCACAAGAAAGCUACACUCAAUAGGCUCAAAUCCGGUGCCGAUAAACUCUCCGUUUCAAUCGACAUUUAUAACCGUGGAUCUGCGAGUGCAUAUGAUGUUAGCCUCACUGAUGACGGCUGGUCUCCCGAAAUAUUCAAAAUCAUCUCCGGAAACACUUCAACAUCUUGGGAAAGGCUUGACGUUGGUGCCGUUCUAUCUCACUCCUUUGAGCUGGAGUCAAAUGUGAAAACCGUCUUCUAUAGCACACCAGCUGUUAUUACAUUCCGUGUCCCCACAAAGGCUGCACUGCAGGAGGCAUAUUCGACAUCACUCCUACCUCUUGAAAUCCUAUCAGAUAAGCCUAAGGCGAGCGCACUUCAUCUUGCUAAGAGAAUGUUGGGUAAUUAUGGGUCGCUGGUAUCUGUGAUCUCCAUUAUGGUCUUAUUUGUGUACAUGGUGGCAACUCCAUCCAAGUCCGGUUCUGCAAAGGGAAGCAAGAAGAAACGUUGAUGAGAUUAGUCUCUGCAUGGCACUAAAGCCGCUUUGUGUUGACUUUUUUGUUUCGUUUGUAAAAUGUUUUAAAGAGAGAGUUUUGACAUUGUAAAAGGCAUGGUUUUAACUUAUUAGGCCACCUGCUGUAAGAGAGGUUCGUCUCUAUGGCGUAGGGUGCUCAGAGUUCGGCUGUGAUGGUUUUUAGGUCAAACCAAGAGUCAACCAUUAGUAACUGUUUUACACCGCUGUAACUUGUAAGCUAAUGCCAAACCUUUGACAAUUAAAAGUGGACCAAACCAAACCACAUCGUUACUAAUA